GCUCGCCUCAAUCUGGCUUUUCUGAAAGGUUUAUUACCCAUGUAAACAGCAUUACUGCCUGUCAGGAAUUAAUAAUUCCUGCUAAAAGCCCAGCAGUUACCAUUACGCCCCCUCAUAAUCCUCUUCCCUUCUCGUUGCGACCCCUCUCUCUCCUCCAUUGAAGGGCACCGCUAUUUAACAGCCUUCGCGCUACCGCCCCCAACCUUAUUCUCUCUCUCUCUCUACCCACUUCUUGUUCUUGCAAUUGCACCCCCGGCCCCUCCUCCAGGGACGAGGAGAAUUCGAUCCCAAUUUACCGCGAAAGGUCGUCGGUAAUUGGAGAGAGAGGGGAGGGGGCAGCAAUGGCGUCUCCCGCCGACGAGGCUCUCCCGGCGCUGCCGCCCAUCAAGACGGCGCCUUUGCCGCCACCGCCGUGUGCCUCAGUCUCGGGCUCGGCCUCGGCCUCGGCAUCUCCGUCGGUCCCGGCCCCGGCGCCGGCGAAGGACGGCGCGGAGGCGGCGGCUGAGGAGGAGGAUCAUGAGCCGUCGACACCGACGUCGGAGGAGAGCAGGCUGCGGCCGCCCGCGGUGUGCCCGCCGGCCCCGCGUAAGCCGCCGGCGACGCGGCUGCCGGUGAAGCGGAAGCCGCCGCUGCCGUCGCCCGCGCGGGUGUUCGUCGCCGUCCCGCGCGACCUCUCCACCGUCUUCCGGGCGCUGCCGCCCAAGAAGCGGAUCCGGGUGUCGUGAUGCUGCGAUCUGGCCGCAAUUCACCACCGGCUCCCAGGCUUGGUCGAUUUCUUGGAAAAUUCUUCCGAGUUCUGGCUUUUCUUCUUCUUCUUUUCCUUUUUUCCCCCUUGGGUUACUGGUACCCACGGCCAUGGUAUAAAUUAUAAUUCGCGGUAUAAAUAACGUGCUAUUUUUCUGCGUGUUUCUUUUUCCUUCUUUUUUGUUGUGUUUGCGUGAGCGAGAAUUUGUAGCUCUAGAAAUGAAGAUAUUGCUGUUACUGAAUGGAAGCAGUUGAAAGAAAAGCAAACUUGUAAGAAAAAUUCAAACUGAUCUUGUUAAUUAUGAUACCUAGCAGAAUUAUUUACCA